ACAGUCUAAGAGAGGGAGGGAACGAAAGAGGGGACCGGGAAGACAGAGAAACAGAGGAGAGCAAGAGAGAGUGAAGGAGAGACAGAGGAGACGAGCAGGUUGAAGGAAAUCAUGGACUCGUCUGGAUUUUUGGGGCUGUUUUUGCUGCUUGGAGUCUCCGGGACGUUCUCAGCUGUCGUUCCAUGGUUGGAGUUGGAUGAAGCAAAGGCGUAUUUGAAUAAAUUUGGCUACAUGGAAGACUCAGCCGACCCCAACAACCUGGAGGACAUCAUAGAAGCUCUCAAGGUGUUUCAGAGAGCGAACGACCUGCCCCCUACUGGAGAAGUGGAUGAACAGACUCUGGAGGUGAUGAGAAGCCCGCGCUGUGGCAUUGAAGACCCAUUCAACCAGAAACAGCACAAGUACAGGGUCAUGGGCCGUUGGAGGAAGCGUUCCCUGACGUACCGGAUCAUGUCCUGGACUCCGGACAUGCCGAAGUCAGCGGUUCGCUCGGCUGUCCGCGCGGCAUUCCAAUACUGGAGCGAUGUGGCUGCGCUGAACUUCCGGGAGGUGGAUUUUGGACCCGCAGACAUCCGGCUCUCCUUCCACAAGAACGACGCUCUCUGCCCCGUGCCCUUCGACGGACCAGGUCGUGUCCUGGCUCACGCAGAGGCCCCAGAGUCUGGUGUGGUACAUUUUGAUGAAGACGAGCUCUGGACGGAGGGCAUGUACUCGGGCACAAACCUCCGGAUCGUGGCGGCUCAUGAGGUGGGGCACGCGCUGGGACUGGCUCACUCUCAGUACAGGGGUGCGCUCAUGGCCCCCGUGUACGCCGGAUACAGGUCCAACUUUAAACUGCACCAUGACGACAUCAGAGGCAUCCAGGCUCUGUACGGUAAGAGGAUCCCCAGCGCCUUGUCCAGCCCCUCUCCUCCGGUGCACCUUCCGCCCACCGCGAGCCCCAGCCGCAUCCCCAACCCCUGCACGGCCAGACUGGACGCCAUCAUGCUCGGUCCGUGGAGGAAGACCUUCGCCUUCAGUGGAGAUUACGUUUGGACCAUCUCCGAUUUCGGACACAACAUUCCCAUUCGGAUCGACCGUCUGUGGAAGGAGCUCCCUGGAAACCUGAACGCUGCCGUGCACUCACAACGAACAAACAAGACUUACUUCUUUAAAGGUAAUACUGUUUGGAGGUACACAAACUUCCUGUUGGAUUAUGGAUACCCCAAAGCAGUGAAGAAGAUCCCUGCCAACAUCGACGCGGCGCUCUAUCUCGAGAAGAACAAGAAGCUCGUAUUCAUCAAGGGCUCUAAUCACUGGCAGUGGGACGAGCUGAAGUACAAUGACAUGUCCCUUUACCCCAAACUGCUCUCUAUGCUGGUCUCUGGAGUCCCGUCCAGUCCUGACGCAGCCUUCACGUGGACCAACGGCAAAAUCUUCUUCUUCAAGGGCGACUCCUACUGGCGAGUCAACGACAUGCUGCGCGUGGACCGAGGAUAUCCACUGAGUAAAAGAGAGCGGUGGAUGCGAUGCUAGACUUUCACCACAAGAGGGAGCCAUAGACUGUGCGUAGAGUGGCAAUGAUGAGCACAGCCUGAAAACAGCAGUGACCAGAGGGACCUGUCUGGACAUGUAUUUGGUGGAAAGACACAACUGAGCUAAUGUUUUGUUUUUUAAAUGAAAGUAUAACUUAGCGGCCAAUUUAGAUGUUUGGUCCUGAGUCAAACCUGCUUCAGUGUUUGAAGAAAAAUCCCAUAAUGAUGCAAAUGUAGCUGCUGGAUUAUGGAAAAAUAGUAGCUAAAACAUAAUUAAAAUGACAAUUGUUUGCUUAGAGAAAAGGUGGGACAUCAAACUAAAUGAAUGUAAAUGAAAAAUCCUUCUUAGACGUUAUAAUCAUUCUACAUAUUUUAUAUACAUUUUAUAUGAAAAUGAGUUGUGUACCUUCAGUUUCAGACCAAAGUUUAGUUUGUUUUCAUACCUGACAGUUUCAUCUGCUCACCAGCACUAUUCCUGAAAGUGGUCACGUUAAUGUGAUGCAUAUGCUCAGCUGAUUUAUACAGGUUUUGAGGCUUCCUAUGGUUGAGGCAGGACGACAGCGCCAUCUGCAGUCUGACAGUAUCCCGGGCAUGUGACAGUAGAAAGGUUCCUUCAUCCUGGUUUAUAGUCCACUCCACUGGUAUGAAAACAAACGAAAACAAACUUAAGCUAACUUGCACAGGUUUUGGGGCUGUCUUCCUUCUUUACAAUGGCAUUUAAAACUAACAGUGAAUGAAAUAAACCACAGAUGUCGUCAGGAAGUGCACAUUAUAAUAUUGUUUCAUACAUAUUUGCAUACUUGAUAAUAGAUGUACCUAAUUAAGUGGCCAGAGGAUAUGGCAUAGACUACAGUCAGAAGUUGGUAGUACUCACGAUACAUUUACUUCUACUUGUACUUCUCAGAGUAGUUUUCAGUCACCAUACUUUUACAGUGGAACAGUACUGUUACUCAAGUAAAAGUUGUUGUUCCUCUUCCCUCUGUGACUAAGUCUACAAGCGACAAAAGUUUUAUGUCGACAAUAUGAAAUGAUUUGAACGUUUGUGUUUCUUGCAGCGUUCCUUCAGAUUACAUUAUAUUUUUCUCAUUUAUGUGGUGAUCCAUCUCAGAAUACCUCAUUUUUUGUUCAAUAUUCAAGAUUUUGUCCUUUAAAAUCCAAUAACUUCAAAUUACUAAAGUUUCCCACUCACAAAUGUUGAUCUAAAUGUUGUUGUUUUUUUUUUUAUUUGUGACAUGAUUCAACAUGGCUUCCUCCUCCUGAGUGAAAUGUGCCUUUAAUUAUCUGAGCUAAUUCCUUUGGUCAAAUGUAAUGUGUGUCUUAAAGGGGAGGUUGUAUAGAUGUUGACAAAAUAAUGUUCCACCCAAAUAAUAAAGAUUGAUUCACUUUUCCAG